ACAUAGCAUCCUCCCUCAUUCUCUCUUUCUGGCACUCUUCACAUUUUAAGCCUUUUCCGGUUUUCUUCCCUAAUCUCUUCCCAUGGCGAUAUAGGAGGCUCGUUUCCACAUAAACACCACUUUCAACACCACCACAACCCUAAAAAAGAAUUAAUAUAUAAAAAAAGAAGAAGAAGAAGAAUUGUAUUCUUCUUCGAAUUUUAUUAUUACCACCGCCACUGCUACCAUCGCCAAAAACAAUUCAAAACGCAGCAUUCUGAAUUGUGUGAACCAAGUAAAGACGAAACUCCCAAGGCAACACAAUUCAGAACUCGGAGUUUUGAAUUGUGAGCCUCUUUUCGUCCAUGGGAAGCUGCAUUUCAACGCAUGGGAAUAAUAAUGUUCCACGUAACAAAAGAUCCAAAGACCAAAAGGCUUCAAGUCCAAAGAGCCACGUACAUAACCACCAUGGAAACGAGUACUAUGAGCCUUCAACACCGUCGCCCGUGCCGCGAAAAUCCCCGGUAAACGUUCGCGCCAUCAAUGUGGUGACAAACCCUACUUCGGGGAACAUUUUUGACCGGUACCAGUUCGGAAAAGAGCUCGGAAGGGGCGAGUUCGGGGUGACUCAUCGGUGCGUGGAUCUGAAAACCGGCGAGGCGUUCGCUUGCAAGAAGAUCGCAAAGUCGAAGCUGAGAACGGAGAUCGAUGUGCAAGAUGUGAGGAGGGAGGUGCAGAUCAUGAGGCACUUGCCGAAGCACCCUAACAUUGUGUCGUUCAGAGAGGCUUAUGAAGAUAAAGAUGCCGUGUACCUUGUCAUGGAGUUGUGCCAAGGCGGCGAGCUUUUCGAUCGUAUCGUCGCCAAAGGCCAUUACACCGAGCGCGCUGCUGCUAAUGUUACCAAGACCAUACUUGAAGUCUGCAAGGUGUGCCAUGAACAUGGCGUAAUCCACAGGGACUUGAAACCUGAAAAUUUCUUGUUUGCAGAUGCAAGUGAGAGCUCCCAAUUGAAGGCUAUUGAUUUUGGCCUUUCCACAUUUUAUACACCUGGCCAAAGAUUUAAUGAAAUCGUUGGAAGUCCCUAUUACAUGGCUCCAGAGGUUCUAAGACGUAACUAUGGAAAUGAAGUUGAUAUAUGGAGCACUGGCGUCAUUCUCUAUAUUUUGCUUUGUGGAGUUCCUCCCUUUUGGGCAGAAACUGAGGAAGGAAUUGCACAAGCAAUCAUCAGGGGUCAUUUGGACUUCACAAGAGAUCCUUGGCCUAAAGUUUCAGAUGAAGCAAAACACCUUGUUAAGCGUAUGCUUGAUCCAAAUCCACAAACCAGGAUAACAGUUCAAGAAGUCCUUGACCAUUCUUGGAUACUACAUAGGGAGCAUGGUAGAAAUGUUUCCCUUGGAGACCAAGUGAGAAAUAGGAUCAAGCAAUUCUCCUUAAUGAAUAGAUUCAAGAAGAAGGUUCUUAGAGUGGUGGCUGAUAACCUUCCUGAUGAGCAACUUGAUAGCAUGACCAAAAUGUUCCAUAUGAUGGAUAAGGACAAGAAUGGAGACUUGUCGUUUGAGGAGCUCAAAGACGGCCUUGCAAUGUUUGGACACACAAUUCCUGAUCUUGAUGUCAAGAUGCUGAUGGAUGCUGCAGAUGUUGAUGGAAAUGGCACCUUGAACCGUGAGGAAUUUAUCACAAUGAGUGUUUUCCUGAGGAGGAUUGGAAGUGAAGAGACUCUGACAGAUGCAUUCCGUGACUUUGACAAGAAUCAAACCGGAUUCAUCGAGUUUGACGAAUUGAAAGAGGCUUUAUCAGCUGAUGAUGAACACACUGAUGAGCAGGUGAUCACAGACAUCCUCAAUGAUGUUGACUUAGACAAGGAUGGCCGAAUCAGUUUCGAUGAGUUCAAGACAAUGAUGAAGUCAGGAGCAGAUUGGAAGAUGUCGUCUCGCCAGUAUUCAAGAGCAAUGCUAAAUGCAUUGAGUUUCAGGCUCUUCAAAGACAAAUCUGUGAAGGUAACUAAUUAAAACAUGAUGAGGAGGUAGCACAGGUUCUCAGUUCAUGCCUCCCUGGAAAUAGUUAAGAAAAGUGACUCAUGAUGAUGAUUCAUGCAAGGACUGCAAAAAACCCAAAUGUGUGCAUGCAUGCUGCAAUCUUUUGAGGUUGUGUACAGUUGGGUUCUUUGACAAGUAAAACAAAACCCCCCAAUAUGAAGUGAGGAGCUUGUCCUAUUGUAAUCAUUGUAAUUUUUAAUUUUUUGUUGGUUUCUUAAUUGAUGUGUAAGUCAUUU